UAGGAACUGCGUGAUUCUGUGAUUCACUUCCUCCUCCACAGCCGGAGCUCACUGGUCAUGUGAUCAAAACUGAGCAGACGGACUGAGGCGCUGUGUGUGCGCGUGUGUGUCUGUGGAAAGACACUGUGUGUGUGUGUGUUAGGAGACACUGUGUGUGUGUUAGGAGACGCUGUGUGUGUGGACACUGAGGUCUGCAGGGAUCUGGAGGUACGAGCACUUUAACGCACAGGUUGUUUUAACCGUGUUACCGCUGCUGCUCACACGACAACACAACCAGCGGAACAAUGUCUGCCUCCCUGAAGCUGGAGGAGACUCGACAGCGGAUUCGCAAAGAACUGGAUACUGUAGUGGACUUCUGGCUGAAAUACUCUCAUGACACUGUACAUGGGGGCUUCUUCACUUGCAUUGGGCGGGACGGAAAGGUUUAUGAUGAGCUGAAGUACGUCUGGCUGCAGGGUAGGCAGGUGUGGAUGUAUUGUCGCCUGUACCGAACCAUGGAUCGCUUCCGCAAGCCUGAGAUCCUUGAAGCAGCCAAAGCUGGAGGAGUGUUCCUCCAGAAAUUUGCCCGCGUGUCCAACAGCAGCGGUCAGUGGAAAUGUGCCUUCUGCUUAACAAGAGAUGGUAAAGCGGUCAAAAUUCAGAGGACCAUAUUCAGUGAGUGUUUCUACAUCAUGGCCAUGGAUGAACUGAGUAGAGUGACUGGUGACAAGGACAUGCAGCUGGAGGCCGAACAGAUGAUGGAACAGUUAAUCCACUGGGUUCGAGUGGACUCGUCAGGCUUGGGCAGGCCCCAGCUUCCUGGAGAUGUUCCUACCAACAGCAUGGCCAUUCCCAUGAUGCUCUUGUGUCUUGUGCAACAGCUCACUGAAGGCCGGGGUCAGGAAGUGGUUCAGAAGUACAGAGAACUGGGCGGCUGGUGCGUACAGCAGAUUCUACAGCACAUACAGAGAGACGGCACAGCUAUUUUAGAGAAUGUGUCAGUGGAUGCAGCAGAACUGCCAGGUUGCCAGGGCCGACUUCAGAACCCAGGCCAUGCCCUGGAAGCAGGCUGGUUCCUGCUUCAGUACAGUGCUGAGUGGGCAGACGAGGAACUCCAGAAGACUGCCAUCCACAAGUUUGUGGAGCUGCCUUACAAGAACGGAUGGGAUAAAGAGCACGGUGGUCUCUUCUAUUUCCUGGAUGUGGAUGGUUACUGCCCCACACAGUUGGAGUGGAGUAUGAAGCUGUGGUGGCCUCACUGUGAGGCCCUCAUUGCCUUCCUGAUGGCCUACAGUCAAACCAAGAAGCCAGAGCUGCUGGACAGAUUCUCUCAAGUUUACGAAUAUACCUUCAGUCAUGUGAGUGUACACUACAGUGCUGAUGAGGCACAGUAGGACACAUCUGCGCAA